UGCCGACGACCCCCAGAAGCCUCAGGUGGUGUAUCGGACUAUCUUCCACACACGGGUCAACCAGGACCAGCCCAGGAACCACGAGCAGGGGAGCCCCUCCUGUGGCUGGUCUACGCUGGGCCACCCACCCUCCUGCUCCUCCGGUCAGAACGGGGACGUUCCAGAGUUACGGGGGACAGGCGCUGCGUCAAAGGGGGGUCCAUCGGGUGCUGGAUACGAGGAAAGGGCUUGCACCCUGGGGAGAAUGAGGUCCAUGCCCCGUAGCGUGUUGGACCUGCAGCUCUCCAAGUCUCUCUCCAAGUCUGACUCCAACCUUGUAGCUGUAUCUCCCAUACAGGAGGAGCACGGCUGGGGGUCUGGGUCUCGAGGCCAGGGGCCCGGGAGUCCCAGCCCAGGAGAGGGGGCCAGCCCAGAGGGAAGACUGGAGAGGACACCCUCCUUCACGGCUGAGUGGGAAGAGAUCGACAAGAUUAUGAGCUCUAUUGGUGCAGGCAUAAGCAGCGGAUUGGACAUCAAGGAGGACGCCUCAGGUCCCCGCUGCCCCAUGCAGUCUGUGGGUCAGUGGCUGGACUCCAUCGGCCUGGUCCAGUACGAGAACCACCUGCUGGCAAAUGGAUUCGACAACGUGCAGUUCAUGGGUAGCAACGUGGUGGAGGACCAGGACCUGCUGGAGAUCGGGAUUCUCAACUCGGCCCACCGACAGCGCCUCCUGCAGGCCAUCCGGCUGCUGCCCAGGGUGCGACCUGUCGGCUACGAUGGCAACAACCCCACGUCUGUGGCCGAGUGGCUGGAGUCUCUGGAGCUCGGCGACUACACCAAGUCCUUCCUCAUCAACGGCUACACCUCCAUGGAGCUGGUGAAGAAGAUCUGGGAGAUCGAGCUCAUCAAUGUAUUGAAGAUCAGUCUUAUUGGACACAGAAAACGGAUUCUUGCCUCAUUGGGAGACCGGCUACACGAAGAGACCCCACAGAAACCUCCGCGGGCCGUCUCCCUCAGGGAGCCCGGUGGGAACCACACUCCUCCCCAGCUCAGCCCGGCGGUGGGCCAGGCAGCGUACACGGCGGGGGUCCCGGGGGGGUCUCUGGACGUGCAGCACCUCAUCAUGCAGGCGGACGCCCGGCGCAGGCAGCGCAGCAACGACAACUACUUUGAGGAUGUACCGCGAUCCAAGCUGGAGCGACAGAUGGCCCAAGUCAGCAUGGCAGGCGAAUGGUGCGAGCCAAUCACGUUGCGCCCUCCUAACGAGGCCACCUCGUCCACCCCGGUGCAGUACUGGCAGCAUCACCCCGAGAAGCUCAUCUUCCAGUCCUGCGACUACGAAGCCUACUACCUGGGCUCCAUGCUGGUGAAGGAGCUGAGAGGGACGGAGUCCACACAGGACGCUUGUGCCAAGAUGAGGAAGUCCACAGAGCAGAUGAAGAAGGUGCCGACCAUCGUCCUCUCCGUGUCCUACAAAGGAGUGAAGUUCAUCGACGCCACAAAUAAGAACAUCAUCGCAGAACAUGAGAUCCGUAACAUCUCGUGUGCGGCUCAGGAUCCAGAGGACCUGUCUACAUUUGCCUACAUCACCAAAGACCUCAAGUCCAGUCACCACUACUGCCACGUCUUCACUGCUUUUGAUGUGAACUUGGCGUAUGAGAUCAUCCUGACCCUGGGCCAGGCCUUCGAGGUGGCCUACCAGCUGGCCCUGCAGGCGAGGAAGAGCGGCCACGGCUCCUCCACGCUGCCCGAGAGCUUCGAUAGCAAGCCCAGUAAACCUGUCCCCAAACCUCGAAUCAACAUCCGCAAAUCUAUGGAGCAGCCGUCCAUGGACCAGAAGGGCCACGCCAACGUGCCGUGGAUUGUGGAGCCGGGUCAGGAGGCCAAGAGAGGAGUCAACACCAAGUACGAGACCACUAUUUUCUAACAUACACCCGCCUUGUCCACUCCUGUGUGUGUGUGCCUUUCAGAGGUUGCCCUGAACUGGGGGCCCGCCCCGGAGUUGGGCACGAGCGACGCUGCGUCACCUCACCGGCUGAAAACUAAAAAACGAAACAUCCUGCCCCGCCCCCGUUAGCCAAGCCUGUCCAGUGUCUACUGCAUGAUGACGUUUGGCGCUGCGCUGUCUCUUCUUCUCUCUUUUGUUUCUGCUCUCCCCCUCUGUGGCCCCGGCCUCUUCCUCCUGCCUGCAGGGCUGGCGCAUGACCUUUGAACCCAGGGCUGUGGUGCACUUCUCUGUCUCCACCUGUAGGUGAAUGGUCAGCUCAGUUUUUCCACUUCUUGUUUGUGAAUCAGUCAGCGUCCAACCAGUGGGUUGUUCUGCUUUCAGCUUCUUGUUUUUCUUACUUCCUGUUGAUGGGUGCAAACCGUUUGGCUUCGUCUCUCUCCACUUUUUUCUCUUUUGACUGCCUCCAUCCCUCGCUUUUCUCUGCAUUUCAGCCCCUUUGUCCAACUGCCCCUGACAACUUGAAUGAGAUUUGUUACCAGAAUACUGCUAAGAGCUGUGACAGUGUUGUAGCUGACAUGAGGAGGGUUGACACUUUUAAACAUUUUUUAAUCAAAGAGGAGAGGUGAUGUAGCACAGUCUAACUUUGACUCAAACUGGUUCAUCCAGCAGGCUACUAGAAUGUAUUACAACUUUUUGAUUCUUUAUAUCAGAUUAUUUUUGAAAAUACUAACAACCAACUUUAGACUUCUCUUUUUGCUUUUAUAGCACAUGUGUGUUUGUUCAGAAUCAUUUUAACCAGAUGGAUUUUUCCCUGGCCAUAAUCCAUAUUUUAUGUGGGGGGAGGGGAUCUUGUAUGUAAAAGGUUUAGCAUGAGGCUUGUGAGACGCAUGGUGGCCAUUUUGGAUUUGCUGAGCAGGGGGGCCGGUGGAGAGGCGGGGUGUGAGAGCUUUCUCGAUAAGUGAUGUCAUCUCAUUUGCAGGGCAAUGCCGGACGCUCAUGUCCAUUACUGUGGAAUGCAAAGAAUGUAGCCAGCCCUAAACACGGACCUUGUCACACAUACAAUGCAAAAUGGACUACAAAGGACUACAAACAUGGAUGCUACUCCACAGUGUUUAAGGUUGACUACAACAUUCCUCCACAUGAUGCUUGACACAGUAAACAUAAGACAGACAUUUACACACUAACAGACGACGGUCUGCUCUGAAUGUACACUUAUUUGAAAGCCGCCUCAACUUUCUUCAGCGGGAUGUUUAAUGCGCUCGCCUUGGACGCGUGACCUGUGAACUUUUCGGCGGUCACAGCGUCUCCAUAGAAACUAAGUAUGUUUACAGGGCAACUGUUGCUAACAGACAAUGGACUCGCUAAAGGCACCACUGGGCAUGUGUCAGUGUAAGAAUGGGCAUGGGUUUGAGGACGUCUGGCUGGCUCUUUUGGUCUUUUUAUUUUCUUUAAAGUCAGAAAAUAAUACAGAGAUAUAUGCACAAUUGUGUAAAUGUGAUUGGACUAGCUGCAACACGCUAGAGAUGCAACAGGUUUGUCCUAUAACGGAUAUUUAACCUAUGUGAACAAAACAGCAUCUAGCGUUUAAAAAAAAAAAAAGUAUUCUAUUUGUAUUGCCCGACAUUUUAAUGUUUAAUAUGAGAGUAUUAUAUUACCAUGAUGAUUAUGAUUAUUCUUGUGCAAUUCUUGUCUACUGUUGUCUUAAUGUUACAUUAUUUUUCUAUGAGAUGAAACUUUGGGCUUGAGAAUGAUGGCCAUCCUUUAAAAAUCUGAAACUAUAUGAUCAUAUUGUACACAGAGUGAAUGUUGCAGGUGGCUAGCUAACUCUUGUCAGGUCAACCCUCAUUUCUCAUGGGGCUCUACUUAUCUAGCAGAUGUACUAUUUUAAACGCAGUAUUACUGUUUUAUUUGGAUGAGACAUUAUCCAAUUAUAAGAUGUACAUAGAUAUUUUGCCAACUCAUUGUUCAUACAUGUAAUGUAAAAGAGAAAUGAAUAAAGAAUGGGGAGUACAUGGCACUGGAAACAAGGUACCACAAUAAAGGUUGGGAACUAGAAUAUAAGAAGAGGAGGUCAAGUGUAUUUUGAGCGAAAAUGGGUUAUUUGGUUACAUCACUGCUGACCAACUUAUGUACAUAUGCUUGGGCUUCCAGCACACUGAUUUUUGUAAUUUUGGCCAUUAUUUAUAUCCUUGUAAAGCACAUGGAAUAAAAUAUGACUUGUAACAACCAUAAGUCAUCCUUGCA